AUGGGUGGCUCACUAUCUACUCAAGUUCCAACAAGGUUGCCAUCAGACUUGUCUGAAUCGCGACAACACACCGCCUGCUUCAUGGAUCUGCCACGGGAGAUCGUCUUAGAGGUGACUUCCUAUCUCUCGAGAGAUGAAAUCAAGACUCUGCGUGGCGUCUGCAAAGAUCUGGACGACACUCUGCUUGCAACCUUUGGCGAUCGCUUCUUCAGUCGUUUGCAUCUACUACCCACGUCUGCGUCCCUCGACAUCUUGACGCAGAUAUCAACACAACCACGCUUGAAUGCCCAUGUCCGCGAGUUGCGCAUAUGCUCUUCUAUCUACCAGUUCUGGGGUGCCCGCGAGACGCAAGUUCGACCUCGAGACAUUUGGACUCGACCGCAGUUGCGCGUUCUGAGCGAAACUGCUCGCCCGUUUCCCGAUCCCUCAUCGCCAACCCAAGAGGCUGCUAAUCUUUGCGCCGAACUUGUGCGUGGUGAGCGAUUUCGAGAACAGCUCACAGGUGCACUGCGGAAUCUCAGAGUUGCACGUAUCGAGGUGCAAGAAUGGCCACGGGAUCCAUCCCUAGUUCUGGGUCGCAAGGAUCUGAUGAGAUUCACAGACAAGGACCCGUUCGAAGACAACUUUAUGGGCAUUCGACCCGCUUGGGAGUACCAGAAGAUUGAUAUGGUAACUCGCAUGACGGAAGUUGUGUUUUCAGCGGUCAGGGACAGUGGUACGCCUUUGGCUGCCAUGAUUGUGGACAGAAUUCAAGUCGACCAACUCAAACUCGCUCUUAAUCUCGGAUACGACCUCCUGCAUCUCAAACAUCUUGAGAUUGGACUGAAGAUCUCAGACCAGAGUCUCCAGCUCUCAGAUACGUCAAGGCGCUUCGACCUGUUCACCUUGAUUGACGAGCUACCUUGUCUGGAACAUCUCUCCUUGUCAAAUUUCCCGGGGACAGCCAAGGAUCGGAUACAGCUAACCGAUGCUCUGAUACAUAUCAAUCCACAGAGAGUCAAGAAGCUUUGUCUCGGGGUAUUCUGGGGUUCGUCGCCUCAGGUGUUGCACUUUCUGGGACGUUCCGUACCCGAUCUACAGGACUUGUCGCUUCGAUACGCAGUCCGCCUCGAGGACAACAAAGCGUGGGAAGCCAUGUUCUCUGAACUACGCGGUAUCCUGUGCUUACAACGCCUCCGGAUUGACAUUGAUGGAUUUACGUUCGAAGCCUGUGAUAAGGAUGACAACAUCGACUCCACAUUGGCCUGGUUAGCGGAAAACACGCCAGAUAAUUUGAUCCGAUACAAAGAUCCGGAAGAUUCAGAAGACGAAGACCUGGGAGUAGAUGGCGCACCGGGAUGGAGAGCAUUCCGCCGAGGACCCUCGCCUAGACGUAGGAGUCGACUGACCCGGACUUAG